AGUAAUACAGGCUGUCGAACCUGCCGGUCGCGCAAGGUUAAAUGUGACGAGAGGCCUGGCGGCUGCUACAACUGCGCCCGCCUCAACCUCCCCUGCCCCAACUCGGCCGCCUACCACAAUGCCCUCCUCAAGGGGGAGGCCGAGGGCGAGUAUCUCCGGACCCAGGCAGGUCUGCGCCGGUCACGAACCUACCGCUCGUGCCGAGGAUGUCGGUCGUCCAAAAGCAGGUGCUCUGGGGAGAGGCCUACUUGUCUGCGCUGCAGGCAGCGGGACAUACAGUGUUGUUAUGAUGGGAAAGAGGCCCCUGCUUGGCUGGAGCCGGAUCUCGCAGCAACGACGACAACAGAAUCAUCAUCCUCAUCGUCAUGGCUUCUAGCGCAUGAGCUGCCCAGAAGCAGGGAGCAUGUCGUCCAGCUAGUCGAGGCCUUCUUCGCCAACAUGCACAGUCUCCGGUGUUUUGGCUUUAUCCACAGGCCGUCUGUGUUGCGGCAUCUGGAGCACUGGUCGUCAUCUGCCUGGUAUGAACACCAGGGAAAUGCACUUCUUCUGGUGGUGUGUGCCCUGGGCGCCAAGUUCUAUGCCUCCCAGCAGAGGCAGCAGCAGUUUUGCUCGGGCAAUUUGGCCCUCUCGGCAGGAUGCCACUGGGCGAGGAGGGCACAACAAGUCGUCCUCUUGGGGCUGGAUACACCCUCGGUCGAGAACGCCAUGGCCGUGGUCCUCCUGCAUGAGCACGAGCUGCGAGUAGGAAACCACGCCUGCGCUUUCAUGCUCACUGGUUUGGGUGUUAGGAUGGCCCAGGCUCUCCAGAUCAAUAUUGAGUCCUCUCCCGACAUCCUCUGCAGGGGCCAAACGAAAGAUAAGAACAAAAAGAAAGAAGGAGGAGUAGGUGGGGGAGGAGGACAACAACAACAGGGCUUGUCACCCACGACAAGAGAAGCCAGGAGGAGACUGAUGUGGAGCAUCUACACAAUGGACGCCUGGGUGGGAAGCGGAGUAGACGAGCUGACCCUCCUCCGCGAGGCAGAUGUGCAGAUCCAGCUCCCCUGCAGCGACCACAGCUUCGACGCCCAGCGCCCUCGUAUCGUGGAGGCGCUGCGUCCCGGUACAUUCUUACCCUUUGUCUCCGCCGAGGACCGCCGCCAGCAAGGGAGCAACAGCGGCGCCGCAGUGGAGCGGCUCGACCUUCAGGCCUAUUUCAUACGGCUCGUCAGCAUCCGCAGAAAGGUCCUCCGGUUCGUCAAACACCUCGACCAGGCACAGCCGCCCUGGCUUCCACAGUCUGAGUUCGCCAUGCUACAGGCACAGUUACAGCACUGGGUAAACCAUCUCCCGGACAGCAUGCGCCUCACGAGGGGUGCGAUCCACAGGCGAAAAGAGGCCUCUCAGCUUGGAGGGAUGCUGUUCUGCCACUUUACCUAUCACCAGACCAUGUGCGACCUGGCGCGCAUCGGCAUGAGGGACAUCUUCCCCAUGCGCGGGCGGCUCGAGUGUCCUCCUGAGCAGGCCUCUUUCACCAAGCGCGUGCAGGAUCAGUGUUUUGAGCACUGCAUGGCGAUCUGUGGUUUGUUCGAGGAGGCCUUGGGGCAUGGACAGGAGGCACUGGCAGAUACGUGGCUCAGCGUGGUAGCGCACGACUCGGCAAGGGUGGUCAUUCACUGCAUCACCGCUGGCGUAGGGAGUGCUAAGGAAAAGGGGGAGGUGUUUAAGAUGAAUGCUGUGACUGCGGUGCACUCGAAUAUUCGAGCUCUUCACGCCAUGAUUCCUGUUCACUCCCUCGCUCGACCACUGGUAAGUCUUCUUUUUGUCUUCCUUCUGGCAUCAACUGGGAGAAAUUGUUCGUUGGCUAAUACCCCAGCGUCUCUUCCCAUCACUACUGGAUACAGCAUGCCGCUACUGUCCAAAUGCUGCUUGCAGCAGGCCUCCCCAUACCUCGUUCAUCUGUAG